CCUCAAGGAGAUUGAGCCAAGCAAGGCCAAAGCAAGGGAUUUGCCUUUCUUGCCUCAGCGUUCCCUUAUCAUCCCAAAGAAAAAACUAAACACGAGGCAGCCACAGACGGGACGCUGAGUACAAGAAGAAGCUUAAGGGAGUACGGGAGAUUAACCAGUUCCUGGCCCCUCUCGUCCUUCUGCCUGGAGAAUCCCACCGAAAAAGAGACGUAGACAUUUCUUCCACCAUCACCAUUUGCAGGACAGUUUCAGGAGCCAUCAGAGAAAGCAAAGCGCCAAGCAGUUGUACCAGCUCCUUACCCUCAGUUUCUAGUUAACGCAAACUUUUUUUUCUGCUGCAAACUUUAGAUUACUGCAAAUGUUACUACCAAAAGUAAUAGUUUAAAAAAAUAAAGAAAGACGUCAAGGUUUUCAGGCUCCCUAAUUGAAACUAUAGCUUUCACACUUGAGCUGACAGAGAAUGGGGGCAGUAGCGUGGCCGUUGGAAAAGGAGAGGUCCCUGCCAAUUUUGAUGGAAGCUUCUCUGGUAGUAGUGGCAAUGGUUUUCCUGACUAUGCCGGGAGUACACUGUCGCCCCGUGGAAGAGGACGAGGAACUAGUUCUCCCAGUCCCGCUGGAUUCUCCAGAACCAGGCAAAAAGCUCUACCGCUUGGAUGCCUUCGGGAAGCGCCUGAUCUUGGAGUUACACCCCGACAGCAGCUUCCUCGGCCAGGGCUUCACGCUCCAGUACGUCGGGAGCAAAUUUGGGGAGGAGCAGCGCUCAUUCAUCCCCACCAACGAGUUGUCGCUUUGUUUCUACUCCGGCACCGUGAAUGGAGACCCCCAUUCAGCGGCGGCUCUCAGCCUCUGUGCUGGCAUCCGCGGGGCAUUUUACCUGCAGGGGGAAGAGUAUUUCAUACAGCCGCCUGCCACCAACGAAAUCCGCUUCUCCCCCUUUUCCUCCCCAAAGGAGGAGCAGCAAGAGUUGCAAUUUCACCUCCUCAGCCGGAGGCUGAAGAGCCAAAGCGGCGCCAAGUGCGGAGUGAUGGACCAGAACUUCCAACAAAGAGAGGACGAGCCGGUGGAGGAGCAGAGGCAGCCCACGGAGGAGUGGAAGCAACGCCUAGGACCCCUAACAGGAACUGGAAACACAAGGAAAAAAAGGUUUGUGUCUAGUCCUCGAUAUGUGGAAACCAUGCUUGUAGCAGAUCAGACCAUGGCAGAGUACCAUGGCAGUGGUCUAAAGCACUACCUCCUGACUCUGUUCUCUGUUGCAUCCAAGUUAUACAAACAUCCCAGUAUUAGAAAUUCAAUUAGCCUGGUGGUGGUGAAGAUUUUAGUCAUCUAUGAGGAACAGGAGGGGCCUGAAGUGACCUCCAAUGCUGCCCUCACCCUGAGAAAUUUCUGCAGCUGGCAGAAACAGCACAAUCCACCCAGUGACAGAGAUGCAGAACAUUAUGACACAGCAGUUCUUUUCACCAGACAGAACCUUUGUGGUGCCCAGACAUGUGAUACCCUUGGGAUGGCUGAUGUUGGAACAGUGUGUGAUCCAAACCGAAGUUGUUCUGUUAUAGAAGAUGACGGUUUACAAGCUGCUUUCACGAUGGCCCAUGAGUUAGGUCACGUGUUCAACAUGCCACAUGAUGACGCAAAGCAAUGUGCCAGUAUCAAUGGUAUAAACUGGGAUUCCCACAUUAUGACCUCAAUGCUUUCCAAUUUGGAUAGAAGCCAGCCUUGGUCUCCUUGUAGUGCUUACAUGAUUACAUCAUUUUUGGACAAUGGUCAUGGGGAAUGUUUAAUGGACAAGCCCUCCAAGCCUAUACAGCUUCCCUCUGAUCUCCCAGGGACCUUGUAUGAUGCCAACCGGCAGUGCCAGUUUACUUUUGGUGAUGACUCCAAGCACUGUCCAGAUGCAGCAAGCACAUGUACAACUUUGUGGUGUACUGGCACUUCUGAUGGAAUACUUGUGUGCCAAACCAAACACUUCCCUUGGGCAGAUGGCACUAGUUGUGGAGAAGGAAAAUGGUGUAUCCAUGGCAAAUGUGUGAACAAGACUGACAACAAGUAUUUCUUUACUCCUAUUCAUGGAAGCUGGGGACCCUGGGGACCCUGGGGAGACUGUUCUAGGACCUGUGGUGGAGGAAUACAGUAUACAAUUAGGGAAUGUGACAACCCAGUCCCUAGAAAUGGAGGAAAAUAUUGUGAAGGCAAAAGAGUGAGAUAUAGGUCAUGUAAUAUUGAAGAAUGUCCAUACAAUGACGGAAAAACCUUCAGAGAAGAACAGUGUGAAGCCCAUAAUGACUUUUCUAAAGCUCCCUUUGGAAAUCGACCAGUUGUAGAAUGGAUACCUAAAUAUGCUGGAGUGUCACCAAAGGACAGAUGUAAACUUAUUUGUCAAGCUAAAAGCAUUGGUUAUUUCUUUGUUCUACAGCCCAAGGUUGUGGAUGGUACUCCAUGUAGCCCAGAUUCUACCUCUGUUUGUGUGCAAGGACAGUGUGUAAAAGCUGGCUGUGAUCGUUUAAUAGAUUCCAAAAAGAAGUUUGACAAAUGUGGUAUCUGUGGAGGCAAUGGAUCUACCUGCAGGAAAGUCUCUGGGUCAAUUACCCAUGCAAAACCUGGCUAUCAUGAUAUUGUCACUAUUCCAGCUGGAGCAACUAAUAUUGAAGUGAAGCAACGGAAUCAGAGGGGUUCCAGAAAUAAUGGAAGUUUCCUUGCCAUUAAAGCUGCCGAUGGUACCUAUAUCCUUAAUGGAGAUUUUACACUCUCCACAUUGGAGCAAGACAUUAAUCACAAAGGUAGUUUCUUGAGGUACAGCGGCUCUUCUGCAGCUAUGGAAAGAAUUCGCAGUUUUAGUCCUCUUAAAGAACCCUUAACUAUACAAGUUCUUACUGUGGGCAAUUUCCUCCGGCCUAAAAUCAAAUACACUUAUUUUAUGAAGAAAAAGAAGGAAUCUUUCAAUGCUAUACCUAUUUUCUCUGAAUGGGUUAUUGAAGAGUGGGGUGAAUGUUCCAAGUCAUGUGGACAGGGUUGGCAAAGAAGAUCUGUAGAAUGCAGAGACAUUAAUGGGCAGCUUUCUUCAGAGUGUGCUAAAGAACUUAAACCAGAAAAUACUCGACCCUGUGCCAAUGUGCCAUGUCCCCAAUGGCAGCUAGGUGAUUGGUCUCCAUGUUCUAAGACAUGUGGAAAGGGUUACAAAAAAAGAACCUUAAAAUGUCUGUCCCAUGAUGGUGGCAUGUUGUCUCAAGAAAGUUGUGAUCCUUUAAAGAAACCAAGAAAUUAUAUAGAACUUUGUACUAUCACGAAUUGCAAUUAAAUAGUGAUCAGUUUAGGGAAAAGGUGGGAGUGUCGAUGCACUGAAGAUAAGAGGGGCAGCGGUAUCUGAUGUAUCUUGCAUGUAAUUCUUAAGGAAUGUCUUCAAGGUGGGCCAGUGUAAAUAGGUGUUUGUGAUGUUGCAGCAUUGGAAUAUACUGCCAAAACCAAAUUUGAUGGGAUAGUAAAUGAGGCUCAUUAACUCUUUAUUUCUAGUUGAUAAUGUCUGUUACAAGUUAAACCCAGAAGCACUGGCCAAGGUGAAUUUAAACAAAUAUUUCUUACUUUCUCAGUUUUUAUUAUGAUACUAAUGAAGGUCUUUGAAUCUAGAAGAUUAGUAUCAGGAAGAAAAACAUCUUAAAAUAUAGCCAAGGAUGAGGAGGGAGGGAUGAUGGAAAUAGUUGCUUUGUUGUUGUUAAUGUUAAAUGCUUCAGUUAGCACUCAUUGUUCAUGGCUUCUCUGGUUUCAGAGAAUAAUUUUAUGAGUAAUGCCCUUUUUUAAGAAUCAAGAGUAAGAUUCAGAAUGGUCUAACUAGCAUAAGGAAUGGUCUUAUAUUCUGAAGUAACUAAAACAUCUGAGUUUACUUGUAAUGUUGUGUUAUCAUUUUAUUUCUGUAGUUCAUUUUAAUUUAGAAAUCAUGACUCUAGUCAGUAAAAAUAUAUAGGUCUUCAAUAUUGGAAUAGAGGUAAUUUUCCUACUGGCUCAGGUGUUAAAUAGCGAUGAAACUAUUGACUGGGUUGCCAUUCUUUGGUGAUCAAGAAAUUGAGCAAGGUCUCUCAAACCCUUAGGUAGUCUAGCAGUGAUGAUGUGGUUUAAAAGUUACCUCUUUAGCAAUGGAGUACAAUGGCAUAAGAAGAGUUAAUGCCAGAGUAUGAGUAUGAUCAUUUUAGAAACUGGUCAAGUGCAUUUUAGAAUAUCAAGCUCACUUAUAUCAUGCUGAAGACACAGCUAAAGGAUAGCAGGGCCAUCCAUAGCAGUAUGCAAACAGUCACAUGAAAGAGAAUAUGGUUUUUCCAUAUGUACAUUGUAAAACAUGUUUCUGUAAAUUAUAUGUACUUUAUAAGUAUUUAAUAAUUCUGUUCCUUCUAGGAAGGACCACAGUUUGUUAUAAAUGCAUAUAAUGAACAUAUUUAUUUUUAUACUUACCUAAUUUGAUCUAAGUUAUCACUUUUUUAAAAGGUCAUAUAACAAGAGUAUUUAUAUAGUAUAUAUUACUAAAUAUAAAAGAUAAGCAUUUGAAAACUCGUUUAUUUUGUUGGAAUAUAAAAUGAUUCUGAGAAAGAAAAUUGGAGAUACAUACUAUACUUAAAGACCAAUAACUGCUUUCUUAAUUUUUUUAAGAAAUUAGAUUCCUAUGUAGCUAAAUAUUGGAUUGACCCUUUAUUAUUGACUAUGAAAGAAUAUAACCUGUGGCUUCAGUUAAAAUAGUUGUAUUUGGUUGUAAACAGUGUUCUCUUUCACUUUCACACAAUAUUUCCUGUAUUUUAGUGCUGCAUCUAAUAAAAUACCUGGUAAAUUCUUGA